UCAUCAUCAUCCUACCAUUGCCUACUGCAUAUGACAAGUCAUUUUCAACUCUAAAUGAGAUACGGGACGAAAAGAAUAUCGUUCGUUUUAAUAUCAUCAAGUAAGAACCGCAAUACUGUUAUAGAGACAGCACCAUAUCAACAGAGCAUCAUCAUAUGUCCACGCGUUUUUAAGAGCGUGGCAGACUGCCUACUUUAUCACAUUUAUCGCAUUGCUGCUCGUGACAAGUGUCAGUUCUAGCAGCGUGUCAACCUCUAUUCUCCAUUGAAUAUAUUACACGUCACCUUAGUGUCAGUACCAACCACGAUGCGGCUCUUCUCUCCUACGACAUUUGAGAUGCCGAUCGUUGAUAUUCCCACAUUGUAAAGGUGCACAUUUUAACAACCUCACGAAAUGCCGGUGCGGGGAACCCCUACCUAAACAAAAUUAACCUAGGUAUCGUUAUGACAGCAGCCAGUACCAGAAAGCUUCGAAAUCUUUUAUUAUUAUACGCUAUCCUAAAAGAAAUUGCCUGUCGUAGGUAUCAUAUGUGAGCAAUGGCAAAGUCCAAAGUAGCUAUCAUAACUGGUGGUGCAUCAGGAUUGGGACUGGCUAUUGCCAGAUCUUUAUCUCAAAAGGGUUGGCGAGUACACGUCUUCGACUUGAACGUAAUUGGGGAAGAUGUCUUAGAGCUUGGUCUAGGUAACUGCGCUUUCCACCAAGUUGACGUCGCCUCGUGGGAUUCGCUCUCAUCCGCGUUCCAUGCUGUUUUCAAGACCGAAGGUCAACUCGACUUUGUCUUCGCGAAUGCUGGUGUCAUGGAAAAGGGGAAGUUCUUCGCGAGGCACAACCCGUCCUCGCCGCCACCAGAACCAGAAGAACUAUCUAUCGAUGUCAAUCUGAAAGGAGUAACUAAGACAAGUUACCUUGCUCAACAUUACUUCAGGGCAAAUGCGAACAGCGGCAAGGAUUGCGUCCUCAUUAUGACAUCUAGUAUUGCUGGCAUAUAUCCUCAAUCCAUCACCCCUCUCUACUCGGCCGCCAAAGCGGGCAUAAUAAAUUUUAUGCGCUCGAUUGCCCCUACCUUCUAUGAAGAGGACGGUAUAAGAACCUACGCCAUCUGUCCUGGAUCAGUACGAACAAAUCUACUGCCUAAGGAGCUAUGGGAUGCGUAUCCACAGGAAUACCUAACCCAGAUGCAAAAGGUGACCACUACCAUCGAAUCGCUUAUUCAAGGUACGAAGUUUGAGUAUUCUUGGGGGCAGAAAUUCGAAGAAUCGAGUGUUGGUCUCGUUGUUGAGAUCUUUGUCGAUGAUGUAUAUUUCAGGGGUCCGCCAAAUCCCUGUAACGAUGGUAUGAAAUCCAUAUUGGAGCACAUGUGCCCUAGAAAGGAGAAAGAUACAGGCGAGAAAGGGGCUUAAGUUUACCUAGUUUUGAUAGGUACCUGUUUUACUCCCCGUUAUUCCCGUACGUCCAAAUAGGUUUCCAGGCCUUUCUUUCCCGCCACCCAUUCCCAUCAGACUAAAUUGUUAAAGAGGUCAUACUGUAUAACUUUGGUUGGUCUCUAUUCAUGAAUAACAGGCAAUGAAUGGAUUAAUAGGAAAUCGCUGCGCCUCGGAUAUUUUGUUUACUCUUAACCGACAUGAUAUUGUCAAUAUUCCGUAUUAUUCCACAGCCCUUAAGAAAUAUUAAUAUGGCUAUUCUUAUCAUAGAG